GCUCUUGAGAGUUCGCCCUAAUAAGAGUUCUCUCUGUCCCGAUUAUCGAGGCGCCGCAACCACCGAAAUUUCUCGACGCCGGCGACUCUGCUUGCCGGCGUCGUCACCGUUCAUCUCUUCUCGUUCUUAGCUUCAUCGUCAGCCUCCUUUGUUUUACUUUUGGUCUGUGUCUCUCCUUUGCGUCGGACCGUUUGUCUCCUCCGACGAAGGCGUUCAGCUUGGACUCAAGUGACGUCUCCAUGUUCAUUGUGCUUGCCGCAGUCCGCUUCUCUGGGGAUUCCCGGAAAGCCUUUUCAAACGGCUCCUCGUUUCACUGCGUCCUCUACCACUGCAACUCUCUCUCUUCUUGUUCCAGAUCUGUAAGACAAAGCGUGGUAGCCAAAGAACUGCACCGAAAAUCGCAUACCAUCCCACUGCAAUCACCUUCCACGCUCUCCGCCAUUGAUGAUAUAGACCCCUGCUUUGUCGACAGAUUUUGCUACUGCAGAGAAGUAAUAACUGAGGCAACUGAGAUCCAACUCGCAGAAAGAGUCAACUGCUCUGGCGUCUCUCUUGAUGCUAUCUGCCUCUCAAGUGGCGACAUCUCCCCUGUCUCCGGCGACUGUCUACAACUAUGCAAAUCUCCGACGAUGUUAUCGGAAGAGUCAAAGCCGUCAGAUUGCAAAGGAUUUCCGGUGGAUUCACCGGGGCCUUUGAAUUGCGUUUAAUGCUAUACUUGUCUUGUGCGAAGAUUAAUUUUCCGGUGAGCUCACCGUGUUGGUUCGUGGUUCUAUCUGUGCUUGAUUCAUCUUUCUCAAUGGAGGAAUGGAUUUCGCCACCCUACCUCUUUUCUAUGAAAGGAGAUGGUUUUCCGAAUUUGGUAUCAAGGUUCGGUUUCAGCUUCUUCACUAGUGAGGGCUGGUUUUCAACGUCACUAUAUGUGACUAUUUCUCUGCCGUUCGACUCUGUCGUAAAGGCUAUGUCAUUGACGCAUUCAAGCUUCAUCUCGAAUUCGCUGUCACCUUCUCAUGAAGAACUAUCCCGUUUGUUUUGUAAUGUUGUAAGUUUUCUUUUUAAUCAAAGAGGAUGGAUAAUUCCCUCGGACUGUUGUAAUCUUUUAAGUUGAGAAGUAAUGAAAAGUAAGUUGUGUUCAA